AUGGCCCAUCGCGAUAUGGUGUCGCGUCAGCAGAGGCAGCUCUACGAGUCCGUCGAAAACGAGCUGAUCGUCGAUAUAUGGAAGCUGUCUGGAGAGCGCAUGAGUCGAGGACAGCCGCGACAUGUCUACUUGGAGCGCUUGCACCAGCUCGAACGGAGUUGUGUCUUUCCUCUCCUCAAGUUACCGCCGGAGCUGCGCAACCUCAUCUACCCCGACCUGCUGAAGCACAACCGCAAGGAAGGUAUCAUCGCUCACCCAGCAAUUCUGCGCACCUGCAAGCAGCUCUACAAGGAAACCUCUCCUAUGCUCAACCACGCGAGCCUCGUUCACCUCAGCAUCCGCUUCACCGGGCAGGAUGAAACCGGGCGCUUGGACUACUUCACCUGCGGGCGCUACGACAGCGUACGUCUCGAAUACGCUGUACAGACUCACAACAUUCUCACGACGAUGCGACACGUCCAGCACAUCACCAUUGCCAUUGGCCCCUUACUCCACUGGCGAGACGGGGAGAAACUGCACAACAUGUUGAUCUGCAUGAUCCAUUUCUUCGCUUGCCUGCUUGGGGUCUGCGAGUCGCUAAGGACGCUCGUGCUCGAGUUUACACAGGAAUGGGAUAGUCGGCUGCAGAGAGACAAGUUGUGCGGGUUCAUCGCGAUCGUAGCUGAAGGGCUGGAGCGACGUCCUGAGUGUUGCGAGCUUAAGGUGGAAGGGUUGAACAGGGGUACGGUUGAGCGGGUCAUGGAGUUUGUUGAGGAACAGAGAGAGCCGGAUGACCUUGAGUGA